AUGCGUAAGUUAGUGUGACAACCGCCGAUAGCUUUAGAUGUAGUUAUUUUAUAUAUACAGUUGAAGUUCAGUUUACAAAACGAGAGUCGCUUUAAUCUAAAUAUGACUAUAUAUGUGGUGAAACGAAGUUUUUAGUUUUGGUCUCAGAAGCACGUCUUGGUGCUGCAGUUAGUAAAGAGAACAGCAGUUACGGUUAAGCUAGGUCUGGUUAGCCGUGAGCGUGACGGCAAAAAUGGUGGACGUGGGGGAAGAUGAGCUAAAGAAGCUGGAAUACCUGUCUUUAGUCUCAAAAGUGUGUACGGAACUGGAUAAUCACCUGGGAAUCAACGAUAAAGACCUCGCUGAGUUUGUAAUCAGCCUUGCUGAGAAGAACCCAACUUUUGAUGCAUUCAAAAUGGCUUUGCUGAAAAAUGGAGCUGAAUUCACAGAUUCUCUAAUCAGCAAUUUGCUUAGACUCAUUCAGACUAUGAGACCGCCAGCAAAAGCAUCUACAAGCAAAGAGCCCAUGGUCAGGCCAAAGAGUGAGAGGGAUAAGCUGAAGGAGAUGUUUCCUGCACUUUGCCGGCCAGACAAUCCUCUGACCAGAACCAUGCUGGAUGAGGAUGACGUGAAGGUGGCUGCUGAUGCCAUGAAGGAGUUGGAGAUGUUAAUGCCCAGUGUAAGCAGCACCAACACCAAGUCCAGCAAGCGCAGGUCUGAUGAAGGUAGUAAAAGGAGGAGAAGGAGCAGGAGCAGAAGCAGGAGUCGAGGCCGUGACAGAGACCAUGACAAGAGGCACCGUCAUCGCUCAUUCUCUAGGUCUCGCUCUCGGGACCGAUACAAGGGCCGUUCCUCCCGCAGGCGGUCCCGCAGCCGCUCCCCCAGCCCACGAUGGGAAAAGGAGAGGGUUGUGGACCGCUGGAAGGACAAGCACGUGGACCGACCCCCUCCUGAGGAGCCUUCUGUUGGUGACAUCUAUAAUGGCAAGGUCACCAGCAUCAUGCAGUUUGGCUGCUUUGUGCAGCUUGAGGGUCUAAGGAAACGGUGGGAAGGGCUGGUGCACAUCUCAGAGCUCAGGAGAGAAGGACGUGUGGCCAAUGUAGCAGAUGUUGUCAGCAAAGGACAAAGGGUCAAGGUUAAAGUUCUGUCUUUCACUGGCUCCAAAACUAGCCUUAGCAUGAAGGAUGUGGACCAGGACACGGGGGAGGAUUUGAAUCCUAACCGACGCCGCAAUAUGGGAAGUGAGGGUAGUGAGGAGACUGCCAUGAGGAACCCUGACCGGCCCACCAACUUCAACCUUGGCCAUGCUCCUGAAGUGGAAGAUGACACCCUGGAACGUAAGAGGCUCACCAAGAUCUCGGAUCCAGAGAAAUGGGAAAUCAAGCAGAUGAUUGCUGCCAACGUCCUUUCUAAGGAAGAGUUCCCCGAUUUUGAUGAGGAGACUGGCAUUCUCCCUAAAGUGGACGAUGAAGAAGAUGAAGACCUGGAGAUUGAGCUGGUGGAGGAGGAACCCCCUUUUCUGCGGGGACACACCAAACAGAGCAUGGAUAUGAGCCCUGUGAAAAUUGUGAAGAACCCAGAUGGCUCCUUGUCCCAGGCAGCCAUGAUGCAGAGUGCAUUGGCCAAAGAGCGGCGGGAGAUGAAGCAGGCCCAGAGAGAAGCUGAGAUGGACUCCAUCCCCAUGGGCCUCAACAAACACUGGGUGGAUCCCCUGCCCGAUGCUGAUGGACGGCAGAUUGCAGCUAACAUGAGAGGCAUUGGCAUGAUGCCUAAUGACAUCCCUGAAUGGAAGAAGCAUGCAUUUGGUGGCAACAAGGCCUCCUAUGGCAAGAAGACACAGUUGUCUAUCCUAGAGCAGAGGGAGAGCCUGCCCAUUUAUAAGCUGAAGGAGCAGCUCAUCCAGGCUGUUCACGACAACCAGAUUCUGAUUGUGAUUGGCGAAACAGGCUCUGGAAAAACCACCCAGAUUACUCAGUACCUGGCAGAGGCGGGUUAUACCACCCGUGGCAAGAUUGGCUGUACCCAGCCUCGUCGUGUGGCUGCCAUGUCUGUGGCCAAGAGGGUGUCUGAGGAGUAUGGUUGUUGUCUGGGGCAGGAGGUGGGAUACACGAUCCGUUUUGAGGACUGCACUAGCCCCGAGACUGUGAUCAAGUACAUGACAGAUGGUAUGUUGCUAAGGGAGUGCCUGAUUGACCCGGACUUGGGCCAGUAUGCCAUCAUCAUGCUGGACGAGGCCCACGAGAGAACUAUCCACACAGAUGUCCUUUUUGGAUUGCUCAAAAAGACUGUACAGAAACGUACAGAUAUGAAACUGAUUGUAACGUCUGCCACACUGGAUGCAGUAAAAUUCUCCCAGUACUUCUACGAGGCCCCAAUCUUCACCAUUCCGGGUCGCACAUAUCCUGUUGAGGUGCUGUAUACCAAGGAGCCAGAGACCGACUAUCUGGAUGCCAGCCUUAUAACAGUCAUGCAGAUCCACCUCACUGAGCCACCAGGCGACAUCCUGGUGUUCCUCACAGGCCAAGAAGAGAUUGAUACAGCCUGCGAGAUCCUGUACGAAAGGAUGAAAUCCCUUGGGCCAGACGUCCCUGAGCUUAUCAUCCUACCUGUCUACUCUGCCCUACCAAGUGAGAUGCAGACCCGGAUCUUCGACCCUGCCCCACCUGGCAGCCGAAAGGUUGUCAUUGCCACCAACAUUGCAGAGACUUCCCUGACUAUUGAUGGGAUCUACUAUGUGGUGGACCCAGGCUUUGUGAAGCAGAAAGUGUAUAAUUCCAAGACUGGCAUUGAUCAGCUGGUUGUCACACCAAUUUCUCAGGCUCAAGCUAAGCAAAGAGCAGGUCGUGCCGGGAGAACGGGCCCAGGCAAGUGCUACAGGCUGUACACUGAGCGUGCCUACAGAGAUGAAAUGCUGACCACCAAUGUGCCUGAGAUUCAGAGGACUAACUUGGCCAGCACAGUGCUGUCUCUGAAGGCCAUGGGUAUCAAUGACCUCCUUUCAUUUGACUUCAUGGACGCACCACCAAUGGAGACCCUGAUUACAGCUAUGGAGCAGCUGUACACCUUGGGGGCACUAGAUGAUGAAGGACUGCUGACACGCCUCGGCCGCAGGAUGGCGGAAUUCCCGCUGGAGCCUAUGCUGUGUAAGAUGCUGAUCAUGUCUGUCCACCUGGGCUGCAGCGAAGAAAUGCUGACCAUCGUGUCCAUGCUGUCUGUACAAAAUGUGUUCUACAGGCCCAAGGACAAGCAAGCCUUAGCAGACCAAAAGAAGGCUAAGUUCCACCAGCCAGAAGGUGAUCACCUCACACUACUGGCCGUCUACAACUCGUGGAAAAACAACAAAUUCUCCAACCCUUGGUGCUACGAGAACUUCAUCCAGGCCCGCUCUCUGCGGCGUGCCCAGGACAUUCGCAAACAAAUGCUUGGCAUCAUGGAUCGACACAAGCUAGAUGUGGUUUCCUGUGGAAAGGCUACUGUUCGUGUGCAGAAGGCCAUAUGUAGUGGCUUCUUUCGCAACGCAGCCAAAAAGGACCCCCAGGAGGGUUACCGCACCCUGAUUGACCAGCAAGUUGUGUACAUCCACCCAUCCAGUGCACUGUUCAAUCGCCAGCCUGAGUGGGUGGUGUACCAUGAACUGGUGUUGACCACCAAGGAGUACAUGCGAGAGGUGACCACUAUCGAUCCGCGGUGGCUGGUGGAGUUUGCACCGGCCUUCUUCAAGGUGUCCGACCCCACCCGCCUCAGCAAGCAGAAGAAGCAGCAGCGUCUGGAGCCACUCUACAAUCGCUAUGAGGAGCCUAAUGCCUGGAGGAUCUCACGGGCUUUCCGUCGCCGCUAGCUGGCCUCUCAACUGUUUGGGAGACGUCAACUCAGACUUGUGGCAUUUGUCUUAUUUGAUCCCUGCAGUAACAUUCCCUUAUUGUUGCCAUGACAGUUUCCUCAGUUUUAAAUCCACAUGAUGUAAAUACUGCCCGAACCAGUCCCUGUUUUCAUAGUUUAAACCAUCAUACAGAACUGUUGAAGUAUUUUUCAUAUCUGUUCUUAAAAACAGAGCAUGGGUUAACUAUCCUUAAUGUAUUUUUAAUAAAAGCAGUUCUUUUUUGACAGGAAACUGCCUUGCUUCUUACAUACAUUAACAUGUAAAAAGCAUACCUGUAAUGUGUUCAUGAACCAUCGGUAUCAUGAAUAAACUGGCAGGCAGUGCUUAAAGAAGAGGGGUUUGAAAAGGCUCAUAAGGGCCUACAGUUGAAUCUAAAUUUAUAAUUUUAAAAUCUUUAUGAACAGUGAAAAAGAAUUCCUUCCUACGUAAUAUGCCAGUUAUCGCUCUCCUGAUGCUUUUUUUUUUUUUUUCUUGUAUAUCUUUUCGUGGUGAAAAUCGUGUUUCUUAGCACUGAAACAAAAUUACAUUUUUAUCCCAUAGAUUUUGGAAAUACUGCCUUGUCUCGCCCAAAAAAAAAAGUCGGAAGCACCCUGGAAUGAAACAAAGCCUGACUGCAAAGAUUUUGGUAUUGCAGAUGUACACUAUUGUGCUGAUGACGGGUGUGGUAAAAUUAAAGCUCAGCAUUUUUCAGGUCUUACCUGAUUUUGAUCCUUUUGAUGUAACGAUCAACUGGAUUUUUUUUUUUCUACGAAAUAUUUAAAUGGCUGAUGGUUGCGCAAUAAGAUUCUAUAUCUGUGUCCUUCACAACUGACUUUUGGUGAUAUAUACUAGUUUUUAUUUUGAGUGUGUUGGUAGUUAUUCUUGGAAAACUUUUUCUGUUCUUAUUGUCAGCAAUUUUACUGUGAAAACAGGUAAUUAUAUAAAGUGCACCUGCUUCCAAUGUCAUGGCAGUACUAAACUAACUUUCCUCCAUUAGAUGAGUUUGAAAGUUAGGCAUUUUCAGUGGACUAUCUUUUUGCUUUUAGGUAAGGCCACUAGUAUUUAUAAUGUUUGCAUCGACUGUGUGCAAGUAAAAUACUUCUUAUAGUGUGGCAGGUGUCUAUGAAUAUUGUGCAGUAGUAGUAGUAUGACAUCUUGCUGAGCAGCUGACUAUUUAGAUUUCCCUUUAAGAACAAUGUUUGGGAAAAACAUUAAUGAAGAAAAAAAUCUUCUUGAGCUAUGAACAAAUGAUACAUAUAACUACUGCAGUAAUGUUUUUACUGGUUGAACAUUGUAUCAAAAGUAACAAUGUUGCAAAUUUGAUUUGUUUUACUGGCACCCUAAUGUACAUCAAAACAGAUCCUUCUCCUGCCCUUUCACAGUUAACGAAACUAAGAUAUUGUGGAGUUCUGGAGCAUCACUAUGUAUAGACUCAGUGGCCACAUUAUUCUUUACAUCUGCUUAUUAACAGGUUUCCAGUCUGUUACAGGACUUUUGUCUUUUAUUAAUUUGAAGUAUUUCUAUCUAUGUAGAAUGCUCAAGAGGGGUUGGCAGCCACUGGGACUUGGACCCCCUAAGGUUUGUUUUUGUCCUUGCCUUUCAAUUGGGAGUUUUUUGUUUCCUCCGUCAUCCCGAAGACCACUGAGCAAUGCUAUUAAAUGUUCCAAGUUAUACGGUCCAAUGGGUGCCAUGGUGGUGGAGGAUUCUACAACAGCCAAUUGAUGCUAUUGCCUCCACGCAUUCC